AUGGCUCGUGUAGGAUACACCAGGCAGCAACCCAAGCUAGGCGGUCGCAAGGCACGGCGAGCAAAAUCAGGAGAGCAGACAGGCAGGCAGCCAACACAUAUCCUCCAUCCUGAACCGGCAGACCGCGUACAACCAACUCCACACAUACGUGGUUGCUUCCCACCUCGUACCUCGCGGCGUCUCAGCAGCGGCCAGGCCGGCUUUAAUGACAUCGCCGGUUGCUCCGAGACCGCCGUAAAGCUUAUCAGCAGCAGCGGCAGAGGCCGUGCGCUCGCGAUACGCCCAGUGGAGCCGGGGCGGGCGUUCGCCGUCCACCGCGUCAGCCAUGCGUGUCCGGCAGCGAGCUCUCCGCCGGGUUCCCAGCUGGCUGGCAUUAUGCGCGCGGCGCGGCUGCGUUUCGUAACUCGGACACGUCCGCAGGUGCAGCGGCGUCGCUGUGAGAACGGGCCGGGUCUUCCCGCCGCCGCCGCCGCCGCCACUGCUGUCCUGGUUGGAGGUCACCCGCGGUUUCCGUGUUUUGCUGCGGCGAGCGCUCCCGGCCGAUCUCUCGCCAGUGCCCCGGGCGACGGCGGCCAGUCAGCUGUUGAGCUGCCGCUAGGGACGGACGUCUCUCCCGCGGCCCACACCGCGCCACGCCUCACACCAGCUGACUGCCUCGCCGCACAGUGGAGGUGCCGCCUGGGACCGCCGCCGCUGGUUGUGGUCUCCACCCUGCUGCUCAGCCUGCCAGCACUGACGCUGGCGGUGUUCCCCUGCGUGCUGCAGGAGGGUACGAUGCUGUGCGACUCGCGCAACCUGACGGCUGUGCCAGACCUCUCAGACCAGCCCGCAGACAAGGUGACGGAGCUACGGCUGGAGCGGAACGCCAUCCGUGACGUGUCUGGAGGCCCGCUGGUCAACUUGACGGCACUGCGCGUCCUGUCGCUGGACUGGAACUCGCUAGCCGACCUUCCAGAGGACCUGCUCGACGGGAGCCCGGCGCUGGAAGUCCUCCAGGUCGGCUGGAAUCAGCUGUCCGCGCUGCCGCCCCGGCUCUUCGACAACCUGGCCCAGCUCAGGGUACUGCGUGCCGCCAACAAUCUCAUCGCUGAGCUAGACAAUUCGACUUUUGCGUCGACGCCACUGCUGGAGACUGUGGACUUACGCAGCAACAUGUUGACGUCACUGGAGCCUGGGACGUUCACCGGCCUCAAGAGCCUCAAGGAGGUCAUCCUCGAAGAUAACCACCUGUCCUUGCUUCCACCAAAGACCUUCGGAAGCAACCCCAACCUCGUGACCCUGAUGCUGGGCAAGAACAGUCUGACAGAGGUUCCAGCGGACGUCUCAGGAGCGAUGCCGUCUCUGCAGUACCUGGACCUGGCGGACAACAGCCUCUCCGUGUGGGAGCGCGGCGCCUUCCGGGAACUGCAGCAGCUCCAGACGCUGCUUCUGUCUCGCAACAACCUGUCCAGCUUGACAGCAGGUGCCCUGGACAACCUGCCAGAGCUGACGGAGCUCCGGCUCAACGAGAUUGGCCUCACCACGCUGCACCGCGACCUGUUCGUCAAGCAGACGAGCCUACGAUCCCUGCAGCUGCGCAACAACUCGUUGGCUCGCGUCGCCCCGGGCACCUUCCGCUUCAACGGGCGACUGGCGUCCCUCUACCUGGACAACAACCACCUGACCGACAUCGAGGUGGGCACGUUCGACCACCAGGGCGAACUGGCCUUCCUCGUGCUCAGCGGCAACCGACUCACCACUCUCCGCCGGACCAUGUUCACCCGCCUGCCGCGGCUCUCGACGCUGAUCGUGAACGACAACCGCGUGACGAGCGUCGACCGCGACACCUUCUGGGACAACCCGCUGCUCUCCGUGCUCAGCAUCAUCGGAAACGCCAUCGAGCGGCUGCCCGCUGACCUCUUCAGCCGCAACCCGAACCUGCAGGAAGUGCGGCUGCGUAUCAACCGGCUAUCCCUGGUUCAGUCCGGCACCUUCCGCAACAACUCCCGCCUCCAGUACCUGGAGCUGGAUCACAACCUACUGCAAACCAUGGACGUCUCCGUCAUAGAGCCGCUUGUCUGGCUCAAGGGGCUGACUCUGGAGGGCAAUCCGUGGACGUGCGACUGCGCGCUGGAGCCGCUCUUCACCAAGAUCCGCAAGCACGGCAUCGUGGUCAGGGCCGACCCUGCCAUCUGCGCCAGCCCUUUGGAUCUUAAGGGCAAGGAGGUCCUCAAGGUGGUGGGCGAGCUGCAGUGCGGCUGAGGUGGCACCGGUGCCAACAACGCAGGCUGGGCGCAGAGCGAGGGAACUGCCUGUAAUUCAUCUCCACAACACACCACACUCCACUCCACUCCACUACACAACACCACACUACCAGCUCCACUCAAGCGACUGUUGCCUAUAGUACGCAUUAUUAUACUAGGUAUAGCAGUACAUCUUACGCUACCAACUGCACAGAAUCAACUUUUCUAUAUAGCAUGUACCAUUGUAUAUUGUUUUACAUCAUAUGUAAGUAUACAUACCAUACUAUGCAUACAGAUAUGCAUCACAAAACACUAUCCACUGCAUUAA